AUGGAAUCAACCGUCGAAAUGGCCAUCGAUUUAGGCAGCACGGGGGAGGAAAAUUCAAGUAUAGGGCGGGAACCCCUCUGGGGCCCAAAAAAGGAUACGGAAAAGGAAAACGGAAGCUGCUCAGUUAAGGCCCUUAUCAAGAGCAACCAAAUGAUGCUGCAAAUAGAGAGUCCAAACAGUAACUCCAUGUCUAAGGAGAACCUGUAUGAUGAACAGGGGGAUUCACUAAAUAGCGCAAGAGAUACAUACAUUUCACACAAAACGGACAUAACGCAAACACUGCCAAAGGAUACCUUCUACGAACAAGUUAAACAAAUGAAUCAUAUAUUAAGCAAUAAGAACAACAGCCAUUUUUUAAAUCGAAUAAAUUUAAACCACCUAAUAGCAAUUGAAAAGACAUUUAUCAAUACCAACGUGUUCAUUAACAAACAGAUAAUCACCCUUAGCACCAGGAGUACUACAAAGGGGACGAAAAGUAAAAGAGGAAGGAGUCCACAUGAUGGCAUUCUCUAUGACGACAAUUUCAGCAUCGUCUACUUAGAACAAGAUAUUAUAUACUUGAAGAAAAUUCUUUUAAAAAAAAUUCUGUCCAUAUUAUUAAGUAAAGCAUCCUCAUUUAGAGAAAUAAAAAUAACUAUUCUGUUGUUAUAUUUUUUUGUUUCCUUGGAGGAAGGCACGGUUAUAUCUCCCACUGUGUACCCCCUCAGCCUAAUUAAUUCUUUAAUACAAAAGUUCAACCUGAAAGUGCGCAAGAAGUUAAAACUGGUUGGUGAAGUCGAAGGUGCAGCGCCUACGGAUGGUUACUACCGCAACCCGAGCGCACAGAGCGAUGCAACGAAAAAGGGACCCUUCGACUGCCUCUUCAUUUGCGACGGGAACAACUACCUAUGCGUGAAUGACAACUCACUGCCUGGGAAAACGUACAGAACACGAAUUAAGCUGAACAACCUCAUCGGUUACUAUCACUACAUCAACUUAAACAGGUUGACGUACUACCUGGAGCGGGCCAGCAGCACUUGCGACAGGGCGACAAAAUAA